CAUAGCUUGUUGGAACUUGGAAGAGAGUAGGAGAGAAAUGGGAAAGGGGUUGAGGGAGUUGGGAGUGAAGGACUUCUUGGAGGCAGGGUUAUCAGUGGCAGAAGCCAUUGAAUUUGAUGGUGUUUUGAGGGAAAUUGUGUCCCUUUGUGUUUGCUCUACAGAUAUCUGGCGCCAAAUUGUGACUCGGAGAGUGCUGAAGCCAUCUCACCCUCAUUCAUUCCACCAACUUGUUUAUUACUCUCUCUAUCAAUCUUCUUCCAAUGCUUCUCAUCAUGCUGAUCCUCCUCUAUAUUGGUUCCCUUCUUUGGAACAGGCCAGAAUUUCCAACUUGGGGCAUGUCAUGGAAACCUAUGGUCCAAAGCUUUUUGGGUCUUCCUACAAAGACCCAAUUACCAGUUAUCCUCUCAUGCACAAGUUUUCUGUCGACAAUCCUCAGGAAUACUGGUCCAUUGUUCUCAAGGAACUCUCAGUUUCAUUCAUUGAAGCUCCAAGGUGCAUUUUGGAUACUUCUGAUCCCUCAAAACAUGGAGGAGCUUGGCUUCCCGGCUCUGUCUUGAAUAUUGCUGAUUGCUGCUUGCAGCCGUGCGCACGCCCCUACAAAUCGGAUGACAGUUUAGCCAUCGUUUGGAGAGAUGAAGAAUGUGAUGAUUCCAUGGUUAAUCGUAUGACACUCAAACAACUCCGACAGCAAGUAAUGUUGGUAGCAAGUGCAAUAGAUGCCACAUUCUCAAAGGGAGAUGCAAUUGCAAUUGACAUGCAAAUGACAGUUAAUGCCGUUGUUAUAUAUUUGGCCAUUGUUCUAGCAGGAUGUGCUGUGGUAUCUAUAGCAGAUAGCUUUGCACCAAAAGAAAUUUCUUCUCGGUUGCGUGUUUCUAAAGCAAAGGGAAUUUUCACACAGGAUUUCAUAUUAAGAGGUGGCAAGAAAUUCCAUUUGUACAGUCGAGUCACUGAAGCGGCUUCAUGUAAAGUUAUCGUGGUCCCUGUGACUGGCGAAGAACUAGGUGUACAGUUAAGAGAACAAGACAUGUCAUGGAAGGCUUUCCUUUCUACUGUCAGUCAAAACGGCAGAUCAGGCGGCUACUCUCCGAUAUAUCAAUCAGUUGAUUCUGUCACUAACAUACUAUUUUCGUCAGGAACCACAGGAGAUCCAAAAGCUAUUCCUUGGACUCAACUUGCACCAAUAAGAAGUGCUGCCGAUGGAUGGGCUGCAAUUGAUAUUCAACCUGGAGAUGUCUAUUGUUGGCCUACAAAUUUAGGAUGGGUGAUCGGACCAACCGUGUUAUACCAUUGUUUUCUAAAUGGUGCAGCUCUUGCUCUUUACCAUGGAUCGCCUCAAGGCAGCGAUUUUGGAAAAUUUGUCCAGGAUGCAGGUGUUACCAUACUGGGAACUGUGCCGAGCUUAGUUAAAGCUUGGAAGAGUACACAAUGCAUGGAGGGUUUGGAUUGGACAAAGAUAAAGGCAUUUUGUUCCAGUGGAGAAACUUCAAAUGUUGAUGAUGAUCUAUGGUUGUCUUCAAAAGCUUACUACAGUCCAAUUGUUGAAUUGUGUGGAGGAACAGAACUUGCCUCUAGUUACAUUGCGGGAAGCCCACUUCAGCCUCAAGCCUUUGGUGCUUUUAGCACAGCAUCAAUGACAACUGGUUUUGUCAUUCUUGAUGAAAAUGGAGUUGCUUAUCCAGAGGGUGUUCCCUGUGUUGGUGAGGUGGGCUUGUUCCCUUUAUCUCUUGGUGCUUCUGAUAGAUUGCUUAAUGCUGAUCAUGAUAUGGUUUACUUUAAGGGAAUGCCAACUUAUAAAGGACAGGUACUUAGGAGACAUGGGGAUAUAAUAAAGAGAACUGUUGGAGGCUAUAUUAUUGUACAAGGGAGGGCAGAUGACACCAUGAAUCUUGGUGGAAUAAAGACAAGUUCUAUAGAAAUCGAGCGUGUCUGUGAUAGGGCCGACGAAUGCAUUUCGGAGACGGCAGCAGUCAGUGUUGCUCCUCCAAGUGGUGGUCCUGAACAGCUGGCCAUAUUUGUUGUUUUAAAGAAAGGAUACGUUUCCAAUGCAGAAACUCUAAAGCUGAGAUUUUCCAAAGCAAUUCAAAGCAACCUUAAUCCUUUGUUUAAGGUAAGCCAUGUUAAAGUUGUGGGGGAGUUUCCACGAACAGCUUCGAACAAAAUACUGAGGAGAGUUCUGAGAGAUCAAAUGAAGCAAGAGUUAUCAGUUAAGAGCAGACUUUAGCGACAGACCAUAAUAAACAAUAUUGGAGGAGCAUGUCUAUAAUAAUGUUCAAGGAAUACAAUGUAAUACCAUAAAAAAUGUUUUGCAAAAGGUUAUGGGAACAUAAAAGUACAAAUCUGAUGUUGAAGAAAUGAUAUAUCGUAUGAUUUGAAGUCAAUGGCACAGGCACAACAUUCAAAGGAUUGA